AUGAAUCCCAGCCCCGACCGCGGCAAAGAGUGCCUCCCCCCUAAGAAGAGGGAGUCCCGGCAUGGCUCGGCCGACCAGCGCCCCCCCCUGGACGAGUUCAAACCGCCCGCUACGCCCCCCAGGACCUGGCCCGCAAGCAGCUCAGGGAGGGGGGAGGGGGGCAGGGAGAGUGAACCGCCACAGACGAACCGCCACAGCCUGCUACCCUCUAUCCCACCCCCCCUCCCAUCCCCGGUUAUCCCCUUUCCCCUGCCAUGGCACCUGGCCUACCCCUCCUCCGCCCCCCUCCCCCAUCACUCCAGGUGGCUCCAUGGUGAAAUCCCCCUGACCCUGCCACCCCCCUCCUCAUCCUCUUCCUCCUUUAAGAGCCCCUUCCCUGCUGACUCCAGAGACAUGUGGUCCAAUUUUAACACAGGCCGAAGGGACUACAGCUCCUCUCUCUACCUCCCUGACCUCUCCCUGACUGAGGGCAGACACAGGUACCCGGGCAAGAGGCCCAACGGGCUAGAUGGGCUGGGCAGCAGGACUGCCUCUGCAUCUAGGGUGGCACCCCCCUCAGGAGAGUACGGGAACGAACCCAGCGGCAGUGCCAGGCUGGGCGGCAGCCCCCACGGUUCCCAUGCCAACGGGAGAAGGAGACACCAGGAGGUUUCCACAGUGCGUUCCCAACCUUUCAGAGAUUUCCAAGUGCCACCUCCGGAGGGCCCUGACUCACAUUCCUCUCUGCAGGACAGGGACCCCCGCGGGACGCCAAAGGCUGGGACCCCCACCCUGAUUCCCACCAGUCCCCAGCCCUAUGGGGCAGAGAUCCGGGCAGGGAGAGGGGAGCUGCUGGACCCCCUGGGGGGCUCUGUGGCGGAGGCCCAUAUCUACUACUCCCUGAGGUCUGUGUACUCCACCCUGCAGCCCAGCCACCUCAGUCCCCAGGCCCAGGCUCAGCACUACCCACUGUACAGCCCCUCAGGCAGCUCUCUGUAUGGCCUGAACACCAUGAGGGACUCACAGCACUCAACCCAAGGGCAGCCCAACAGCCACAGCACAGAGAGAGACAGACAGCAAGAACAAGAACGAGAAAGAGAACAUGAAGGAGACAGAGACAUCAGACAGAGAGACAGCAAGAGAGACAGAGAUAAAGACAGCAGGGAGCUCUCCCCUGGGCAGCAGUACUCACGUCCCCUUGCCUCCCCCCUCCUUCCCCACAUGACCGCCUCACCCCCUGCCCCCCACCACAUCCCCCCAGCGCUCCUACCUCACUUUGCCAAGGGUUCUCUGAUUGAGCUGGUGGGGGGUCGUCUGAAGCGUGUGGAGGAGCUGAGGACAGAGGACUUCCUGAGGAGUGCCGACACCUCCCCAGAGUUCCACCUGAGCACCUGCACCGUGCUGCUCAUCGCCCCCAGCAACACACACGGCUUCAACCACCUGCAGGUCCUCCUCACAGACCGCAACACUCAGGUCAGGGGCUCAUCGAUCCUCUAUAUUUCUAUUUGAGUCACUGCUAGACAAUAAAUUAUAUUUAAUUAUAAAAGGCACUGGUCAUUCACUAGUAAAGCAAACGUUUUUAAUCCACUCCAAUCAUGUAAGGUAAACAUAUGACACAUUUCCAUUUAACAAGAAUUGUUCAAAUCAUGAAUUGAAAUUAAUCUCCUUAGUAAAAACUGUGUAGAUGCCAGCACUGUUGUGAAUAUGUUGUUGUUAUUCUGUGCAUGUAGGAGUUACUGACGGUUCUGGUGGAGUACCCAUUCUUCGUGCGUGACCGUGGCUGGUCUUCCUGCUGUCCCCAGAGAACUUCCCAGCUCUACGGCCUAUCCUGCCGCCAGCUCAGCGAGGGAGACAUCUGCCUGGCCCUCACCCCCUUACACACACCUCGCACACACACACACUCACACACACGCGCAGCCCCCCGGGGCCACCGCACACACACCCGGGCCGGGGCCUGCACACACAGGGAGGAUAUGCCCCCUCCUCCCCCUCCUCCUCCUCUUCCUCAUCCCUCCCCUGCUCUCAUCCCUCCUCCUCUCCCUCCUCCCCCUGCAGACCCCCUCACCCAGGAGCAGCCACGCCCACGCAAGAGGCGAUGGUCUGCCCCCGACCUCCUCCCUUCCACCGGAACUACUGGGAUUGACAAGACCACUGAUUUACCUCACGGCUCCAAGCAGAGGAAGAGGCAGUAG